AUGAAGGUGUCGGGGAGGGGGAGCGUCUGUUGGAUGUGCGGUUGGGUGGGUGGUUCAGCCCAAGGGAGUAUGGAUAGACGUUGUAGCAUUUGCACGGAUGAAGGCAUCAUGAGACGCGGCGAGUGCCUUUCGCGCCUACUCGUUGGUGUGGUGUUCAGCCUGAGGCACAUUGGGACGCAUGAAGGUGUCGGGGAGGUUGAGCGUGUGUUGGAUGUGCGGCUGGGUGGGUGGUUCAGCCCAAGGGAACGCGGUCGUGUACAGGCGCCACAGAAAGUGGGUUCGGCUGUGGCGAUUGCCGUCGCCAUUGCUCUGCGUGUUGUAGAGGUGAUCGAACUGCAGGGACGCAGCAUUGGGACGCAUGAAGGUGUCGGGGAGGUUGAGCGUCUGUUGGAUGUGCGGCUGGGUGGGUGGUUCAGCCCAAGGGAGUACGUUUGCUGGGGGGGAUGA